UCAAACAUCGAUAGAACAUAACCUCAAAUUUGAAUCUGACAGCUGGACCGCUGAACAGAUCUGUCAUUUUUUACGAUCUCCCUUUGUUGAAAAGUUAUUAUAAAACUAGUGUUUUGUAUUAGUAAUUAAAAAAAAAACGAUUCGUAGAAAAUGAAAGGAAUAAAUAUGAAUAAAUAUUUAAAGAAGGAAAAUCUCUCUAUGACUGUUUCUCGGUAACUUUCUCAAGUUACAAUUUUCGUUAAAUUUCAUUAAAAUUUCAAGUAAUUUGGAAUUUUUUCUAUUAUAAGUUGAGAACGUCUCUACUCUCUACGAGGGCUGAAUUGUUUAAAAAUAUACGUCAUGUCGUAGAGAAUAAAGGAAAAGCGACUGUUUGUAGUGCAUUAAUUUGUGUUUUAUGUAGAUUAUGAAAAAGUUGAGUAAACAUCGAACGGGUGUGGGUAAUAUUUCGCAAGUGUGCUUUACAGACGUCAAGAGGGAUAAAGGGGACCCUCGUGAGAGUCUGACAAAUUUUUACAUGAAGGAACAAGAUAUCCCCGAGUAUUUGGAGGGCUGCGGGCUCAGCACUUGUUCGGCCGGCGACAUGCCCGAGGCAGUCGAUGUAUUCCGCGAACAACAGCCCAAGGAGAAGAAACUCUCCUCUGCAUCAUUGUCCACCUCCGACACGAAGAAAACCGUCACCGUCAAACAUCCCGAAUCCAAUAAACCCAAACCAACUGCCAAAAAAAGCAAGCCCAUCCAGGCGGACUUGGAUGUAUCCAAGGAAUUCGUGAGGUGUCGGGACGAAUGUGUGACAAGGCUCGAUCUAAGUAAAUCCAGCAUUUCACAGCUUCCGAUUACAGUUCGCGAUUUAACGCAUUUGGUUGAGUUUUAUCUUUAUGGAAAUAAAUUGGUGACACUACCUUCUGAAAUUGGAUGCCUCGGUAAUCUAAAGAUACUCGCACUCAACGAAAACUCACUCACGAGUCUUCCAAGUAGUCUCGAGAAUUUAAAAUCCCUCAAGGUCCUCGAUCUCAGGCAUAAUAAACUAAGUGAAAUUCCCGAUGUUGUUUAUAAAUUAACAUCACUCACGACAUUAUUUUUGCGAUUUAAUCGCGUUCGUUAUGUUAGUGAUCGAAUACGAAAUUUAACAAAUCUAACAAUGCUCAGUUUGAGGGAAAAUAAAAUCAAGGAAUUACCUGCCGGCAUUGGAAAACUCGUCAAUUUAAUAACCUUCGAUGUGUCGCACAAUCAUCUUGAGCAUUUACCAAAAGAAAUUGGCAAUUGCGUACAAUUAUCAACCAUCGAUUUACAACACAAUGAACUUCUUGAUAUUCCAGAAACGAUUGGAAAUCUCACGUCUGUCACGAGAAUUGGAUUAAGGUACAAUCGUCUCACGAGGAUUCCAAAAUCGUUGGCAAAUUGUAAAUCAAUGGACGAAUUCAGUGUCGAGGGAAAUCAAGUCUCACAACUUCCAGAUGGUUUACUUUCAAGUUUAUCCGAUUUAAAAACAAUUACAUUAUCUCGAAAUGCCUUUACAUCGUAUCCAUCAGGUGGGCCGUCACAAUUUACAAAUGUCUAUUCAAUAAAUCUCGAGCACAAUCAAAUUGACAAGAUACCAUAUGGAAUAUUUUCGCGUGCAAAAAAUCUCACAAAAUUAAAUAUGAAGGAAAAUCAAUUGACAGCAUUGCCAUUAGAUAUUGGAACGUGGGUAAAUAUGGUGGAAUUAAAUCUCGGUACAAAUCAAUUGACAAAAAUUCCCGACGACAUUCAACAUUUACAAAAUUUGGAAAUUCUCAUAUUAUCAAAUAAUUUAUUGAAACGAAUACCGGCGAGUAUUGCGAAUUUAAAUAAAUUACGUGUCCUUGAUCUUGAGGAGAAUAAAAUUGAGACAUUGCCAAAUGAAAUUGGUUUUUUAAGGGAAUUACAAAAAUUGAUAUUACAAUCAAAUCAGGUGACAUCGUUGCCAAGGGCAAUUGGCCAUCUUACAAAUUUAACGCAUCUCAGUGUUGGUGAGAAUAAUUUAAAUUAUUUACCAGAGGAAAUUGGAACACUUGAAAAUCUUGAAUCACUUUAUGUCAAUGAUAAUGCGAAUUUACAUAAUUUACCAUUUGAGCUGGCACUUUGUACAAAUCUCAGUAUUAUGUCAAUUGAAAAUUGUCCACUCUCGCAAAUACCAGCGGACAUUGUCGCCAAUGGACCAUCGCUUGUCAUUCAAUUUUUGAAGAUGCAAGGUCCUUAUCGAUCCAUGUAACAGGAUCCUGAUCAAGUAAGCUAAUUUUUUUUCUUUUUUUUUUCUAUUUUAAUUUUCUUUUUUCAAUUUUCUGAUUUAUUUAAAAGAGAUUCGCAGGGUGGCCACAUGUCAGUAAAGUCAGGAAAAUAAAAUUUUUGUCAGUAAA